GGCGCCUCAGAGAAUUUUAGGGGAAUAAUAAGGGAAAAAACUCCACGAAGAACAAUAUAAAAAAGAAUAUAUAUAUAUAUAUAUAUAUACCCGUUGUUACAUCUGCUUUAUUAUAAAUACCCAUCCUCUUCACUCUCUCUUGCUCAUUUGAUUCACUUCAGAAAAACCCUAGAUUUCGAUCCCGGAUCCGGCGAAAUCCCCAGCGUCGUCUCCGUCCCACUUCAUCUACCGAAAAUGCGUGAGAUCCUUCACAUCCAAGCUGGCCAGUGCGGUAACCAGAUCGGUGCCAAGUUCUGGGAAGUGGUCUGCGCCGAGCACGGCAUAGAUCCAACCGGUCGUUACACUGGAGACUCAGAUCUGCAGCUCGAGCGCAUCAACGUGUACUACAAUGAAGCUAGCUGUGGUCGAUUCGUCCCUCGCGCUGUUCUCAUGGAUUUGGAGCCUGGAACCAUGGACAGCCUCAGAUCUGGCCCGUACGGCCAGACUUUCCGUCCCGAUAACUUCGUUUUCGGCCAAUCCGGUGCCGGUAACAACUGGGCGAAGGGCCAUUACACUGAAGGAGCCGAGCUAAUCGAUUCCGUCCUCGACGUUGUUCGUAAGGAAGCGGAGAACUGCGACUGCCUCCAAGGGUUUCAGGUUUGCCAUUCAUUGGGAGGAGGAACUGGAUCUGGCAUGGGAACACUCUUGAUUUCCAAGAUCCGUGAGGAGUACCCUGAUCGAAUGAUGCUUACGUUCUCGGUGUUCCCUUCACCGAAGAUGGCUUCCACUUUCAUUGGCAACUCAACGUCGAUCCAAGAGAUGUUCAGGCGUGUUAGCGAGCAGUUCACGGCUAUGUUCCGGAGGAAGGCUUUCUUGCAUUGGUACACGGGUGAAGGAAUGGACGAGAUGGAGUUCACAGAGGCGGAGAGCAACAUGAACGACCUUGUCUCAGAGUACCAGCAAUACCAAGAUGCGACUGCAGAUGAAGAAGGCGAGUACGAGGACGAGGAAGAAGGAGAAUACCAACAGGAAGAAGAGUACUGA